UCAAGUAAACAUGAUCAACACACGCAGGUGCCCGCGUUACAAAGCUGUACAAUAACUUAGGAUUUUAUUUAACAUUAUCUCAAGGAUUUGCCACAGAUUAACAAAGUGUUGGGGCAUCUGUUUAAUUAUUAAUACAUUCAGGAGUCAUCAUGUACAAUACAGCGACCAUCUUUAAAUCUGGCCGGCAUCUACGUAAUGGCUGGAGCUCGAGGUCCAUCAACUGGACAGCAAACCCCUUAUCAUCCAAUCAGAUGUCAAUGUUCACCCAUUGGUCAGGACACACGCGCCCAACACGGGCAUAUUUUCCAGGGCCUCACAGAAUAUGGGGACAGACCUAUAGAAAUAUUUCUUCAUCCUCUUCUAUGGCUGCACAAGCCAUGUUCCGCACUGACCUCAUGGACUGUAAACGAGUCGUAAUAAAGCUGGGUAGUGCCGUCAUUACUCGUGAAGACGAGUGUGGUUUGGCACUCGGGAGACUAGCUUCUAUAGUAGAACAGGCUUGUGAAUUACAUGCCCUAAAUAAACAGGUGAUAAUGGUAACUAGCGGGGCCAUUGCAUUCGGGAAACAGAAACUGCACCAUGAGAUGUUAAUGUCGAUGAGUAUGAGACAAACGCUAAACACAGGCAAACGCCAGGGAUCGCUGAUAGAACCUCGAGCAUGUGCCGCUGUGGGACAGAGUGGUCUCAUGUCUCUGUAUGAAGCCAUGUUCAACCAGUAUGGAGUGAAAACUGCCCAGGUUCUGAUCACGAAGCCCGAUUUCUUUCACGAGGAGAGUUGUAGAAAUCUGAUGGGGACCCUGAGGGAACUGUUAGAGCUGAGUAUUGUACCAAUCCUCAACACAAACGACGCCGUGGCCCCACCGCCUCAGAUUGACAAAGAUUUACAGGGGGUAAUUAGUCUGAAGGAUAACGAUAGCUUGGCUGCCCGUCUGGCUGUAGAGGUCAAGGCUGACCUGAUGAUUCUAAUGUCAGACGUGGACGGUCUGUACACAGGACCCCCAGGACAGGAGGGGUCACGUCUCCUCCACACGUACUGCCCAGAGGUGGACGAGACAGGCGUUAUCUUUGGAGAGAAGUCACGAGUUGGUCUGGGUGGCAUGGAGUCUAAGGUGAGAGCAGCAUCGUGGGCAUUAGAAAACGGCACAUCUGUCGUUAUUUGUAAUGGGCAUGAGGAUCGGGCUAUUUAUAACAUUGUGACAGGCAAAAAUAUCGGAACAUUUUUCACCAGAUCCAAAAUGCAGAGUGCUCCUGUUGAACUAAUGGCAAUGCAGGCAAGAGAAGGUGGCAGAGUGCUGCAGACACUGGCACCACAGCAGAAGCACCUCAUCAUAACCAAACUAGCAGAUCUUCUAAUAGAGAGACAGAGAGACAUUCUGGAUGCCAACAGUAAAGACGUAGAGAUAGCAAACAAGUCAGGCCUUGCUCCAUCCAUGGUGUCUCGUCUUAUCCUGAGUGAGAGGAAGCUACACACACUUCAUGAAGGACUGAAACAGAUUGCCAGCCAAAGCUCUGACAUUGUAGGUCAGGUUAUUAGGAGGACACUGCUGGCAGAUGGCCUUGAACUCAAACAGGUCACAACCCCAAUAGGCGUCCUUCUGGUGAUCUUCGAGUCACGUCCAGACUGCUUACCUCAGGUAGCUGCAUUAUCCAUUGCCAGUGGGAAUGCUCUGCUUUUGAAGGGAGGGAAGGAAGCAUAUCAUAGCAACCAAAUCCUCCACUCCUUGGUACAGGAAGCUCUGGAGCCAUUCGUUCCCAAGGAAACCAUUUCAUUGGUGAGCACACGCGAGGAGAUUGAGUCUCUGCUGGAACUGAAGCAGUACAUUGACCUAAUUAUUCCCCGGGGGUCUAACGAACUGGUCAGUAUGAUACAGAAACUCAGUCAGGGGAUUCCUGUCCUGGGACACAGUGAGGGGAUAUGUCAUGUUUAUAUUGACCAAGAUGUGAACGAGGAUAUGGCGCUCAACAUUGUACGCGACUCCAAGACAGACUACCCAGCAGCUUGUAAUGCAGUAGAAACCAUCCUGGUCAACAAAGCACAUCUCAGAACACCAUUUUUUGAGGAUUUGUUUGAUAUGCUGAAAUCUGAGGGGGUAAAGAUCUAUUCUGGACCCCGAUUGGCCUCAGCUUUAAAAUUUGGCCCUCCACCAGCCCCUAAUCUACACACAGAGUAUGGGGAUUUGUCUGUCACUGUAGAGCUAGUGGACGAUGUACGGGAUGCCGUCCGUCACGUCAACAAGUACAGCAGCAGUCACACAGACACCAUAGUGACCAAUGAUAAAAACACAGCAGAAGUUUUUCUCAAGGGAGUAGAUAGUGCCUGUGUGUUUCACAACACUAGUACAAGGUUUGCUGACGGCUACAGAUUUGGUCUAGGAGCUGAGGUUGGUAUAAGCACCAGCAGAAUUCAUGCACGUGGCCCUGUAGGUGUGGAGGGACUUCUUACGACAAAAUGGAUCCUCCAUGGUAGGGGACAUAUAGUGGAGGAUUUCACGAAAGGAAAAAUGGAAUUCCGACACCAGUCUCUCCCACUGUCCCAGCAACAAGUGACAGAGGAGGAAGAAAUUGUAGAACGGGAAGAGUAGAUCACUGGUUAUUUAACUGUUUAAAAAAAUUGCAAUUGGCCAUGCAUCGAAUCCGUAGUUGUCAUUAAAUUUCUGAUUAGAUUUUGAACGCUGUCUCAACAUUGGGAUUUGCCAUGUGAUUUCUCAUUAGAAUUAGAUAGCUGUCUCACAUAAGGUUUUUUGAUGAUCAGUGGGGAUUUUCUGAUUGUUUCCCAGUAUUUGAUUUUCUGUUUUUACAUUGUCUUAGAAAUGGAAGUAUUUUUUUUUGUUAUCUUUGAUAAUGUGCUAGACUGUGUUCAUGACAAUUGUAAUUGUCACCAUGCAAACUUUGAAUUAUUUGAUAAAGAAGACUGGUUUUCAUUCAUGGCACUUAUUCUUACAUUUAGAUAAAGGAAAUUUAAGUCAGUGUAUAAUUCAUAUCAGUAAAUUUCAGGGUUGUCAAGAAAGCAAUAACACCUGCACCUCUAAGUUUGUAACCUUGAUUUUUUUUUUAUUCUACAUAUUACCUUAGAUAUAUCUAAGGCCUAUUUUUUUUACUGAAUGAAAAUGAGAAAAAAUAUAUUUAAUGAUGUUUUAAGCUAUAAUAUUUGUAGAUCUGAGAAAAGUUGUUAUUUAUCAAGGGUGCCAUAAUACUUAUUCUGCAAUUAUUUAUAUACACAAUUAAAUCACUGAUCUAGGUGAAGUGUAGAUCUGUUUCAGAUGUUUAUCUGAUGGGUUUUUUUUAAAUACAUGUAUAAAUAAAUUACAUUUUUUUGUAUUUCAUUACACUGAAUGUACAGUUGAACUUCAAAUCUCAAACAUCAAUAUCUUGAAUACCAUUGAUAUAUUGGAGUAAAUUUGAAGUCCCAUCCAUUCGUACAUUAUCCUUUAUAUACUUCAAUAUCUCUAGGUUUUUCUUGACUCCAUCGAGUUUUAGAUAAUGAAGUUUAACUGUAUUUACUAAGCAAUCAUAUACAUGUAUAUUGGGUAGGUAUUAAGAGGUUUAUGUUUCACACAUUUUAUGUACCACAUGCUGAAUCAUUGAAAGUUUUAUACAUCGGAUAUGUAUUAAGAGGUUGAUUUUCAUGUACCACAUGCUGAAUCAUAAUACAUUGUACUAUAAUAAUUAAAA